AUGACUGAAGCAAAACCCAAGUCCACCAAAGUAGCAGGAGGUCCAAGGCCUUCUCAUCCCACAACUAUCAAGGAUUCAAUUAUGGCCAUGAAGUACGAUAUGCCGAGGCCGGCUACGUCAGUGUAUCCACUUGAUGACAAACUUUCGAAGAAGACAUAUCCAGAUUACUGUCCGUGGGAAGACGGUGAGGAUCUGUCGCAAAAGUUGGAGAAUCUGGGCUAUCUUAAUAAGGGCUUCUUUGAAAGCUCUAAAGUGUCCAAUGAGUAUUACUCAGCCCGCAAUUUGAUUCAGGAAACACUAUUCUCGUCCUCUCAGAACUGCAAUAAGAUUUUACGCGAACUAUCACAGCAUUUGACGAGCUCAUAUAAAGCUCGAGAUGAUUCUAUAAACACAAUCAGGGCGUGCUCUUAUGCCUUUAGACUUCCACCGCGUGUAACUUUGACUGCACUGAAGAAAGAUGCAUGGCUCAAAGAUUUGGCUGAUCCAAACGUACCGCUUCACAUCGUUUCAGCCAAAAUUCCCCAUGGGAUUAGAAACAAAGUUCUUGUUGAUGCAAUGUGCAGCCGGAACAUUCCCAUACCACGAGCUAUAUGGUUCACGAAAUGUACACUCUACAGCGAAAUCAUACUGAUGAAGAAGAAAUCACAUGUGAAGAACAACAGCGGUUCUCAGUCAGGUAUUGGUCAGUCAGUCUGUUCUCUUCAGAUUAUCGAAAGACGAUGGCUUCGAGAAUGGACCCAGCAAGUGGCUGAUUAUAUGUUGAAAUUCUCGAGAGAAAUCGGGGCAUUGACAUCUCAUGAGGCAAAAACGCUGUAUAAAGAGCGAAUGGACUAUCUCAUUGCCUAUGUUCUGGCAGUAUACAUCGAAGACCUUGUGGACAAGCCUUACUUCUUGUCCUUGGUUCUUCGACUUCUUAAAGAGGAUCAUCAUGUGGGAAGUAUAAAGGUGAGUGAUCUUUUUGAACUUGUGAAGUGCGAACCAGAAGAAGAAGAGGACACCGUCCUUAGAUCAUUGGGCGGCCAAUCCUAUGAUGUUGGCCAAAUCUUGCUCGCUUUAUCUCUCGUUAAAAUCUUUUGGAAGGACAUCAUGUUAGAAGACUUUCUUUGCAAGCAUUUGGCCGACGCUCUCCUUUUGAACUACCUCAUUAUAAGCAAAUUACCAGUAAAUUCAAAAAGAGUGUCGAGAAUUUGCGUGCUUUCAAGCCAAGUAAAAUCAGAAUCCCUCAGCUUCAUUAGGGGUAUGAUUGUUGAGUUAUUCUUGAAAAAGUCAGAUUCCUUCAUUAUUCCAUCAUCUUGGACCGUUCUCGGGGAUGUAUUGCUUAGCAUCAUUCGGGACUCGGAUGUAUAUAGUGAUGAGACGCAGCGAGAUGUUCUCGAGAGAGCACUCGUGUUGAUGGAUUUCAGAAAUGAAAGCUUGGUGGUUCACUCCCACGAUCUGUGUGGUGAGAGGACUACUGUUACUGAUAUGACUCAAGAGGCCGAGCUGAGUAUAGAGCGUCAAUAUGCUUUAUUUAAUAGGUCAAGCGACGAUGUUCUCAAGCUUGUGGAGCAGCUUGAUCGCCAUAAAUUCAAGCAUACUUUCCCCUUUUCGCUUCUACCAUCAUUAAGUGAAUGCCGUUCUUCUGAUGGGCGUAACAUUAGGCUAUACGCUGUGAUUUCGUGGUGUGUCAGCUCUUUUAGAGAUAUGGGUUUGGCAAAAGAAAGGAUUCUCAUAGUAUGCAACUCGAUAAAAGCUAUAAUUACUCAACAAAAGGGUAAGAACAGCACAUCCAUUCGAAAUUCCCUAGAGAAUGAUAUCCUCGAGUGUAUUUUCAACUUGGUUGAGAUUCCGCCAACUCAACUACGUUUCAAAAAUCUUUAUGUUCUCUUUAACGAGCUAUAUCAACUCAAGGUGAUCACAAUUUCUGCAUAUUUAAGGAAGCUCAUAGCUAGCGGAAUUUUCUAUCUGUCUCCCAAAACGUCUAAUCUCAAUGAGGCUGAAGAAGUAAAUGAACACGCAAAACUCCAUCUUUUACUUCUUAAAAAUCUACCCGUUCUUAAUAAUCGUCAAUGCGACCGCAUUCUUAAAAAGUGGACGGAGAAUGACCUUAACUUUUCUGAAAUCUUCAGUGACACGACAAGAAUGCUACGCGAAGAUAAUUUGGACAAAAUUUUGAAGAAUGAAUGUGAGGAGUUUCAGCACAUCUUGCGACACAUUGAGGGACUCAGUACGGGGCUACAAUUUCUUGUUAUCAAUUGGUUUACGUCUGAGUUAAAAGCGUUCAUAUCAAAGUCAUCUAGGUUGGUUCACAUCAGUCCCCCGAUCAUAGCAAGGCUUUACACUCUCUAUGCUAGUACUUGCAACCUCACCGCCUUUUUUAAAGUCUUUGUUAGAUUUCUCUUGAAGAAUGAAAACAAAAUUAUCAUUUUCUACAUGGAUACCUUGUAUCUUCUUGGAAAACUUAUUUUAAGGCAUACUGGUCUCCUCGAGUCUUUGGCUGAUGGUUCAGUUUGUGCUACCUCAACAUUUUCGGAGAUUCUCAGCCUCUUCCUUCAAGCAUACAAGGAUCUUCUUUCACGAGAGUCCGAUAUGUUUGAUUUUAGGCCACUUUGGAUCUUGAUUUGCCGCAGACUUCAAAGAACCCCUGAGCAGCAGCACUUUCAAUCAUCAGACCCAAUAAAGAAGGGAAGCUACGUGUAUGGCUUCGAUCAGAGGGCCACUUCGAUGACCUUGAAGUCGCCUGUGAAUGAUGAGGACAUUCACAGUGCUGACCUUACUCUUCAUGAAGUCGAAAUGUUGGCAUCUCGCGACCUCAUGCCUCUUAAAGAGAUUGAGUUAGGUGAUAUCGUUGCAGAAAUAAAGGAGGAAUGCUCAUGUGUGGUUGAAAUAAUGAAAAUGAACCUGCUUAAUGCCAAAGUGAGAGCUUUACUUGAGCUCGCAUCCUUCGGCCCACAUGAAGUGAGUCAAUUGCAUCUUUACAAGCUUUUGGAACAUUUGAGACGACUCACAUUGAAGUCAGAUCCGGAACUUGUUACUCACGAGUUUGUUAAAGUGCUAAAAGAUGUUUUGGAGCUGAAAUGCGAAAAACGAGUAUCAUCCUUGAUGACUUUCGUUAUAGCUUUCGAGAUUGUAACCAUACAUUCAUUAUUUCAAUUAUUGGAUGGAUUUGAUUCAGAUAUCCUUACUUUAAACGUUCCACAAGCCAAAAAAAUCAUCCUCCUGAAGCUCACGUCAUUGGAUCUGGGUGAUUAUCUCUUAUCAGUCCUACUAUCAUUGGCAUUCUUCGAAUUUAAAACAAAGCAUCACGCCAUUUUACUCAAAUUUAUUAUAGAUGAGCAUUCUAGGAGCAAAGAACUUUCAUUCAUCGAGGAAGACAGCGUUUACGAUUUAAUUGUUCUAGAGCCAAAACGAACGGUCGAUUACAUGUGUGGAAGGCUUGGAAAAGAAAAGAGUUGUGUUAUAUUGAGCACUUUGUUGAAAGUUUCGCCUCCAGUAAUCACGAUUGACGAUAUUGGGAGGCUCUCGGAUAAAAUAAAUGAAUUCAAUCUUCCUAUGGUACAGGGUAUGCUAAGUUUGCUCACAAGCAAAGAUUGUGAUUUGAAAGCUGUUCUUGAUCUGAUCAUAAAAGGUUCGAAGUCGUACUUGACUGUGGAUAACUCCUACUUCGGUGAGCUCUUCAAUCUUUGUCACUGGAAUGUUAGACUUGAAAUCUUCAAGCAAAUGGAGAAUAUUUUCUUCAACCAUUUGCUGUCGUCCAUGUCCUCAUCAUCGAAUAUUGUUUACGACGCUCGCUUAAGCAUGCUAAACGACUUCUUCAAAAAAUUCCGUAUCAACAGUCAGGAAAAAAUCGAAACGUCGGCAGCUCAUUUUGAUGAAUUGUUAAAAUGCUUGAAAUAUAUAGUCCAGAAAGUUGAUUGUUCUGGCAAGACAACGGAUAAGAUGGGUGAACUUCUGGGCGAAAUUUCGACGUAUCUAAGAAUUGUGAUUAUCAGAAUUGAGACCUUGACGGAGGUAAUGCUGAACAGCUAUUCGAACUCUUUUGAAUUUCUAACUCUACUCGUGAGCUUGCUCAACUCAGAAGUCAUUUCUACUACGGAUGAGCGUCUACGAAUUUUGCUUUAUGAUUUGCUUCAUACACUCAGAACUUCUUUCAUGCAGCAGUUCAUGUUUAGGGAUAAUGAUGAUGAGGUCCUCAAUAACGCUCCCUCUGACAAUCAAGUCAAACUUUCAAAAGUUUCUCGAACAGCACCUUCAAUUGCUACGGAUAAAGUAGAGCAAAAUGAUGUCAAGGAGAAACUUGCCAAAGCCUUCGCAGUUCUCGAUAUUCGAGACCCUGUCGUUGUGAAGCAUGUCGGGCCUGAAGAAUCCUUCCGCUAUUAUGCAGAUUGUGCUUCCACUCUUGAUGAAGAUGAAUUAAGAAGUGAUGGGGACGUCAACAUUUUGAAUCAGAAGAACCUUUUUUUGUGUUCAAAAGGACAUCCAUCCGCUUUUGAUAGCCCAUUUGGGGAGAUGCAUCGUCAUAAUGUCGUUCGAUUACCCUUCGCGAUCAAAAGCUUUCAGCUCAUAGAGAAUACUGGAGUUGGUAUUAACGAUGGAUGCGUUAAUUUAGCAUUAUUUAGGGCUUAUACUACUAAGGAAAAUGAGCCAUGA